AUGCAUUGGCACUUUAUAAACGUAAUUUUUAUUUUUUCCACAUUUUUUCAAUGCUCAUAUAACUAUAAAAUUUUAAGUAAUUUUAACUGCUCGGAAAAAAAUUUUUUUGAUAAAAAUGGAAAUUAUCUAAGGUAUUACAAUGGGAUAAAUAAAGAAAAAAACAUUAAAAGUAGAAGAAGCUUUCAAUUUAAUAUGAUAAAAAAAGUAGUUAUUGCAAGAGAUCCAUUUGAUCCUCAAGAACAUUUAAAGGAUAUUCCAUAUAAGGAUGAAUUAGACAGAAUACAAAUAAGAGGGAAAAAAAUAGAGAUGCGUUCAAUAUUUUCACCUAAUGGCCAAUUAAUGCCUGCUACUCUAAUUGAAAUAAUGCCAAAUGUUAUAUAUAGAUUUUUGGAUUUUGGAAAAGCGGCUAUAGCAUAUGGUAAACCAUUGGAUGAAAGUAGAUGGAUUUUGAAACCCGAAUUAGGUCAGAUCUCAAAAGUUGGUUGUAAUUUUAAAAAUACUUGCAGCUUAAUAUUAACUCCUCCUCAAAACUUUGUCCUUGGACAAAUAAUUGACGUUUCGUAUUUAUAUAAUUACAAAUAUGUAAAUGUUAGAGGAUUGACAAAAGGAAAAGGAUUUUGUGGAGUUAUUAAAAGAUGGGGAUUUCAUAGAGGUCCAAUGACUCAUGGAAGUUCUCAUCAUCGUAAACCAGGAUCAAUUGGAGCAUCUACUCAUAUUGGAAGAGUUUUAAAAGGUAAAAAAAUGCCAGGAAAAGAUGGAAAUAAAUUUAGGACUAUGAUUAAUUUAAAAUUAUUAGGUUUGAAUUUAGAGAGGAAUGAAAUAUUAGUAAGUGGUUGUAUUCCUGGUAAUAGAAACUCUUAUGUAACAGUAACUGCUACAAAAGACAACAAAGUUUCAAAAUAUAAAUACAUACUUGAUUUAUUAUAUGAACAAGAAAAAAAUGUAAAUUAA